UCUCCCCCUCUCUCUCCCCCUCUUUCUCUCUUCUUUCUCCCUCGGCCCCCCCGCCCCCUCCCCCCCAGGCCUGAUGAGCAGGUCUCGCGCCUCCAUCCAUCGGGGGAGCAUCCCCGCGAUGUCCUAUGCCCCCUUCAGAGAUGUACGGGGACCCCCUAUGCACCGAACCCAAUACGUUCAUUCCCCAUAUGAUCGUCCUGGUUGGAACCCUCGGUUCUGCAUCAUCUCGGGGAACCAGCUUCUCAUGCUGGAUGAGGACGAGAUACACCCCCUUCUGAUCCGGGACCGGAGGAGCGAGUCCAGCCGCAACAAACUGCUGAGACGCACAGUCUCCGUGCCGGUGGAGGGGCGGCCCCACGGCGAGCAUGAAUACCAUUUGGGUCGCUCGAGGAGGAAGAGCGUCCCUGGGGGGAAGCAGUACAGCAUGGAGGCCGCCCCCGCUGCGCCCUUCCGGCCCUCGCAAGGCUUCCUGAGCCGGAGGCUAAAAAGCUCCAUCAAACGCACGAAGUCUCAACCCAAACUUGACCGGACCAGCAGCUUUCGCCAGAUCCUGCCUCGCUUCCGAAGUGCUGACCAUGACCGGGCCCGGUUGAUGCAGAGUUUCAAGGAGUCACAUUCCCACGAGUCCUUGCUGAGUCCGAGCAGUGCGGCCGAGGCCUUGGAACUGAACUUGGAUGAAGAUUCCAUCAUCAAGCCAGUACACAGCUCUAUCUUGGGCCAAGAGUUCUGUUUUGAGGUGACUACAUCAUCAGGAACAAAAUGUUUUGCCUGUCGUUCUGCAGCCGAAAGGGACAAAUGGAUCGAGAAUCUCCAGCGGGCAGUAAAACCCAACAAGGACAACAGUCGCCGGGUGGACAACGUGUUGAAGCUGUGGAUCAUCGAGGCCCGCGAGCUGCCCCCCAAAAAACGGUACUACUGUGAGCUGUGCCUGGAUGACAUGCUGUAUGCCCGCACCACCUCCAAACCCCGCUCAGCCUCGGGGGACACGGUCUUCUGGGGCGAGCACUUUGAGUUCAACAACCUGCCAGCAGUGCGUGCCCUGCGGCUGCAUCUGUACCGUGACUCAGACAAAAAGCGCAAGAAGGACAAGGCGGGCUAUGUGGGCCUGGUGACUGUGCCGGUGGCCACCCUGGCGGGGCGCCACUUCACUGAGCAGUGGUACCCCGUAACCCUGCCAACAGGAAGUGGGGGCUCCGGGGGGAUGGGAGGUUCGGGGGGAGGAGGGGGCUCAGGGAGUGGCUCUGGGGGCAAGGGCAAAGGUGGCUGCCCGGCGGUGCGGCUGAAGGCGCGGUACCAGACCAUGAGUAUCCUGCCCAUGGAGCUGUAUAAAGAGUUUGCAGAGUACGUCACCAACCACUAUCGGAUGCUGUGUGCCGUCUUGGAGCCCGCCCUGAAUGUCAAGGGCAAGGAGGAGGUUGCCAGCGCGCUCGUUCACAUCCUGCAGAGUACAGGCAAGGCCAAGGACUUCCUCUCUGACAUGGCCAUGUCCGAGGUGGACCGGUUCAUGGAACGCGAGCACCUCAUAUUUCGCGAGAACACACUCGCCACUAAAGCCAUAGAAGAGUACAUGAGACUGAUUGGUCAGAAAUACCUCAAGGAUGCCAUUGGGGAGUUCAUCCGUGCUCUGUAUGAGUCGGAGGAGAACUGUGAGGUGGAUCCCAUCAAGUGCACGGCUUCCAGUCUGGCAGAGCACCAGGCCAACCUGCGAAUGUGCUGUGAGUUGGCCCUGUGCAAGGUGGUCAACUCCCAUUGCGUGUUCCCGAGGGAGCUGAAGGAGGUGUUUGCAUCUUGGCGGCUGCGCUGCGCAGAGCGGGGCCGGGAGGACAUCGCUGACCGGCUCAUCAGCGCCUCGCUCUUCCUGCGCUUCCUCUGCCCCGCCAUUAUGUCGCCCAGUCUCUUUGGGCUCAUGCAGGAGUACCCAGAUGAGCAGACCUCCCGCACCCUCACCCUCAUCGCCAAGGUCAUCCAGAACCUGGCCAACUUUUCCAAGUUUACCUCAAAGGAGGAUUUCCUGGGAUUCAUGAACGAGUUCCUGGAGCUGGAGUGGGGCUCCAUGCAGCAGUUUCUGUACGAGAUCUCCAACCUGGACACGCUGACCAACAGCAGCAGCUUCGAGGGCUACAUCGACUUGGGCCGAGAGCUGUCCACCCUGCACGCGCUGCUCUGGGAGGUGCUGCCCCAGCUCAGCAAGGAAGCCCUCCUGAAGCUGGGCCCACUUCCGCGGCUCCUCAAUGAUAUCAGCACGGCUCUGAGGAACCCCAACAUCCAAAGGCAGCCAAGCCGCCAGAGCGAGCGGGCCCGGGCUCAGCCGAUGGUGCUGCGGGGCCCGUCAGCCGAGAUGCAGGGCUACAUGAUGCGGGACCUCAACAGAGCUGAGUUCAGCCAGUACAUGUGGGAGCAGCCCAGUGGUGUCCAAACAUUCCAGCAGCUCUGUGCGAGCCGCUCCAUCGACCUUCAGUCCUUCAUGGCUCGAGGCCUCAACAGCUCCAUGGACAUGGCUCGCCUGCCCUCCCCCACCAAGGAGAAGCCACCGCCACCCCCGCCGGGCGGGGGCAAAGACCUGUUCUACGUCAGCCGGCCACCCCUGGCCCGCUCCUCGCCUGCCUACUGCACGAGCAGCUCGGACAUCACGGAGCCGGAGCAGAAGAUGCUGAGCGUCAACAAGAGCGUCUCCAUGCUGGACCUGCAGGGUGAUGGGCCGGGCGGCCGUCUCAACAGCAGCAGCGUGUCCAACCUGGCGGCCGUGGGCGACCUGCUGCACUCCAGCCAGGCCUCGCUGACCGCCGCCCUGGGGCUACGGCCGGCCCCCGCGGGGCGUCUCUCGCAGGGCAGCGGGUCCUCCAUCACGGCGGCAGGCAUGCGCCUCAGCCAGAUGGGCGUCACCACGGACGGCGUCCCCGCCCAGCAACUGCGCAUCCCCCUCUCCUUCCAGAACCCUCUGUUCCACAUGGCUGCCGAUGGGCCCGGGCCCCCGGCAGGCCACGGCGGUAGCGGGGGCCACGGCCCGCCUUCCUCCCAUCACCAUCACCACCACCAUCACCACCACCGAGGGGGCGAGCCCCCCGGGGACACCUUUGCCCCCUUUCACGGCUAUAGCAAGAGCGAGGACCUCUCCUCGGGGGUCCCCAAGCCCCCCGCCGCUUCCAUCCUCCACAGCCACAGCUAUAGUGAUGAGUUCGGACCCUCUGGCACUGAUUUUACCCGGCGGCAGCUCUCACUCCAGGACAACCUGCAGCACAUGCUGUCCCCGCCUCAGAUCACCAUCGGGCCCCAGAGGCCUGCCCCCUCAGGGCCCGGUGGUGGGAGUGGCGGCGGGGGCAGCGGUGGGGGGGGCGGGGGCCAGCCGCCCCCACUGCAGAGGGGCAAGUCCCAGCAGUUGACAGUCAGUGCGGCCCAGAAACCCCGACCGUCCAGCGGGAAUCUAUUGCAGUCACCAGAGCCAAGUUACGGCCCUGCCCGACCACGACAGCAGAGCCUCAGCAAGGAGGGCAGCAUUGGGGGCAGCGGGGGCAGCGGUGGCGGAGGGGGUGGGGGGCUCAAGCCCUCCAUCACCAAGCAGCAUUCUCAGACCCCAUCCACGCUGAACCCAACCAUGCCAGCUUCUGAGCGGACGGUGGCCUGGGUCUCCAAUAUGCCUCACCUGUCAGCUGACAUCGAGAGUGCCCACAUCGAGCGGGAGGAGUACAAGCUCAAGGAGUACUCCAAGUCCAUGGAUGAGAGUCGACUGGACAGGGUGAAGGAGUAUGAGGAAGAGAUCCACUCGCUGAAGGAGCGGCUGCACAUGUCCAACCGGAAGCUGGAAGAGUAUGAGCGGAGGCUGCUGUCCCAGGAGGAACAGACCAGCAAGAUCCUGAUGCAGUAUCAGGCCCGCCUGGAACAGAGUGAGAAGAGGCUGCGGCAGCAGCAGGUGGAGAAGGACUCCCAGAUCAAGAGCAUCAUCGGCAGGCUGAUGCUGGUGGAGGAGGAGCUGCGCCGGGACCACCCCGCCAUGGCUGAGCCGCUGCCUGAACCCAAGAAGAGGCUGCUCGACGCUCAGGAGAGGCAGCUUCCCCCCUUGGGUCCAACAAACCCGCGUGUGACGCUGGCCCCACCUUGGAACGGCCUGGCCCCCCCAGCCCCCCCACCCCCACCCCGGCUGCAGAUCACCGAGAACGGCGAGUUCCGAAACACCGCAGACCACUAGCUCACCCAGCAUCACGGCCUGCCCCUGCCCCCCGCACCCCUUCCCGGAACAGCACCGCCUCCGGGACUGGGGGACUGGAGGACGGCUCGGCUCGGGGGACAGCGGGGAUCACCUCCCUGAAUGCCUCCUGGGGGGCACCGAUCCCCCACCCCCACUGCUCCAGGCCCAGGAGGGAGCGUGGGGCCCUUCGCUGACCCCUUCCUGUUGGGGUGCUGUCUCCUCUGUGACCCCCCGGAGACCCUUCCCCAAGGACACCAACUACCCCACUCAGACCCCUUCACUCUGGGGUGCUAUCCCCGUCCUCUGCCUCAUCGUUCCCCUGAGCACUGGGGGACAGACCCUCGCCCCCCACCUGGGGGUGUGGCACCUCCAAACUUUCAACUUCAGGGUGAUUUUUUAGCAGUAACCAGAGCUGACAAUCUAACUCCCCUCCACCGCCCCAUUUUGGCCUCCCCUGUUCCCCUUUGUUACGGGGAGGGGACCCCAGGUGAGGGGGCCCUACUACCCCUUGAUUUCUCAGGAGCGUCUGGGGGGGCUCAGCACGCACAAACUCCUUCUCCUACCACUCUUCAAUCGACUCCCUCCCCACCCAGAACCCAGAUGGGGUGGAGGGGCCGCCGGGGCAGGGAGGGGGCGGCAGGGAAGGGGGGGAGGGAUCUCCCCUUCUUCCCACACCUGAUCUGCUCUUGGCUGGUCCCAGAGCGGGGUGAGGGGGCUUAUGCCCCCCCCUCCCCCAGUGAGUUGGGUGGGGUGGGAUUGGGGUGAGGGUGAGGGC